UAAUCUGAAUUCUGUCAGUCUCUGUGACACAAGCAGCCCUGCCUGCACUGUACCCUCCUGUCACAGGGUAAGCUCAUCUCGUCACUUGUUCUUUAUUAAUACAGGAUGACAUUUAUUCUCAAUCCCAAACUCACACACUCGCUCCGGCACACCUCACACAAGUACACACACUGUCUGCCAGGGACCGCCAAGGUAGCCGGGCAGUCAGGUAACUGUGUGGCACCAGGUGGAAUCUCAUUUAUCCACUUUGCCCAUGAGGCCUGCUGCUCCUACGGCUGCUACCAGAGUCUUCAUCAAACAUCUGGAGAGAUUUCUGUUAAACAAUCCAGUUUGCUGAAGAUGUUUCCUUGGUCUGCUGUUUUUUCCCUUGAGCCCAAAGUGCCGGGCCAGCGCACCUCAGAGGAGCUGGUCGUCAAUACUCUGAUGCUGGAGCUGGGGGCCAUGGUGAAGCGCACCGAGCGCAUCCGUUUGGAGAGGGCGACAGAGGGUCGCCGCCGCCGCCGCAGCUCAUCCUCUGCCGCCGAUUACAGCUGGCUGGCCAGCACCCCGACCCCGCAGCCCUACCAGCUUACUCCCAACGACCUGCUGGAGCUGCAGGAUCUCUGUGCCAAGAUCCCUCCUGCUCAGUGUGGCCCCGUUAUUGUCAGGUUCAGGAGAAUUGUCACACAGAUGGAGCCUGAAGUUCAUGAGGUCCCCCGCCUCUUCCGCACCGUGCUGCGCGACUGUGUGGACGAGGUCAACGGCAACGACGAGGCUCAGCCUCCAACCGCCAUCGAGAAGCAGCAACGGAGCAAGAGCCUCUCCUUUGUCACUUUCCGCACAAAGUUUCGCACGGGGCAAAUGUUCAAAGGGAGCAACCUGAGAGGCUCCAGAGGGAACCUGCAGCAGCAGGUGGAUUGGUCAGAUGAGGAGGAGGAGGAGGAUGCAGAGGGAGAGGAGGAGGCCAUGAAGGCGAGGGCAAGGAAGGGCAGGAGCAAGAGCAUGCCAGAAAUCACCCCGUUGGAGCAGAGCGCUCAGGGGUGAGAAAGGAUGCUGAGAAGGGGAGGACUUGGCAAAGGGAACAAACUGAAGCACAAAGAGGAGGAUGGAUCAUAAACCCGUAGAGGAAGAGAAACAGGCGGACAGCCACAAUUCUUAUUUUAACUAAUUGGCUUUCUUAAAUUAGUCAAAUCAAAGAAGAAUACUUUUAGAAGUUUUAGCCUAACAGUCCCACUUGGAUUGAAAAUAUCAGAAAAGAUCUGUUUUUAAGCGACAAUGAGGUAUAAUGCGCUGAAGGUUGAAAACCAGCCAGUCUUUAACCAUGCAGCACUGCAAACCAUGGACCUUUAGAGCCCAUGAAGGCACUCCGUUUGUGGAUCAAUGAGCUCCUUCAGUUUGUCCUUUCCUGGAACAAAUCCCAUUCAAGCACAUUUUACUUUUUUGCACACGUUUCAUCAGUUACUUUCUCAUUAACCUUUGUUUGCAAACAUCACUGUAGUCCAGAAAGGAGCGUGCUAUAAAUGAAAAGUCUUCUGCAUAAAGGAUACAGGGCUGGCCAACCCUGGUCCUCAAGAGCCGCCACCCUGCCUGUAUUCCGGCGCUCCCUGACCAGCUUGCUGCUGAUUAGCUGACUCCAGUGAGCCCACAUCCCGACUGACUGAACUCACCUCAUUAAGGUAUUCAGCACCAAACCCUCCAGGUAGAGCUGGAAAACAGGCAGGGUUGGUCAUCCCUGGAAUUCCAAUCACUUCAUUUGUACCUUUAAAACCAUUGCUGUGUAAAAGGCAGAGCAGCGGUCUCCUGGGUUUCUACUCCUCAGUUUGCUCAGCAGCUGCAGACUAGCUCCAGAUCCCAGGGUUACUUAGCAGCCGCUCUGAUGUUAAACUAAUACCUACAGGCAUCAAUUGACUACGCAGUGUCUGUAUUUUUUUUUUAUAAUAAAUGUACAUUUCUU